CGGCUUCUGGGCCUUCGAGCGCAAGUUGUCCUGGUGUUCGAUGGACCAGACAAGCCGGGUGCAAAACGGCUAGUGCGUGUCAGCCAGCGGCUGCACUGGAUGGUGGCUCCAACCAUCUGCCUUGCUGAGGCCUUCAACUUCACCUGCCAUCAGGCUCCAGGUGACGCAGAAGCCGAGCUUGCUUACCUUGCGAGCGAGGGUCUGGUAGACGCUGUCCUGACCGCUGAUAGUGAUACCUUACUCUUCGGUGCAAAGAUACUGCUACGAAGCUCGCAAAAUAAGAAGAAGCCCGAUGAAAUUGAAGUCUAUCGCCAGGCUGAACUCACCGCAGCCGGGCUUUCACGUGGUGGCCUGCUCUUGUUUGCGUUGGCUUGCGGCGGAGAUUAUGAU